AUGUUCUACGCUCCAACCCGUGCGGGAAACCGCGGUGGGCAGGGUCUCUUUAAAUGGGAGGACGUCAAGGACGAUAAGUAUCGGGAGAAUUACCUUGGGCAUUCUCUGAACGCUCCAGUCGGCCGCUGGCAGAAGAAUAAAGAUCUUACUUGGUACGCCAAAGAAGAAGGGGACGUCAACCCAGCCAAUUCGGACGAAGCCUUGGCUGCCGAACUUGCUGAAAUCAAGCGAAAUGAGACGGAGGCUCUUGCCGAAGCGCUAGGUUAUUCUUCAGGCGCCAAGCGGCGGGAUCCGAACGCUGUUAGUCGAUCCGAAAUCAAGCGACUCGUGAAGAUGGAUAUCGAGGACGAUGACGUUGAGAGGGAGGUACCGCGGCCGCCUGAGGAGGAGGUGUUGGGAUUGGGCUUUAAUAGCACAAAGUCAAAGAUGGCAGCAGCAGGAGUCGGCUUCAACGGCGCAAAUGAGGACGAUGAUUCGGCGGCUGCGUACUUCUCUUCGGCCCGCCCUGGCCCUGCCGAGGCCACGAAAGCGACCGGCACCAGUGAAUCGAUACCUAAGAAAUUGUCGGGAGCGCAUAGCGAAUCGACAGAAUAUGGCACGGACAAAUCGGCCAAGAAAGCGCAUAAAGAAAAAGAAAAGAAGGAGAAGAAAAGAGAAAGGGAAAAAGAAAAGGAGGAUAAGAAGAAGGAAAAGGAACUGAAAAAGAAGGAGAAGAAGGACAAAAAGGAGAAAGCGAAAGUCACGAAACCGAGGGGAACUUGGUCCACCUUGGCGAGCUCCGCCCGAUUCCCCUUCAAGAUCCUCACGCGCGCCAGGGGGAAGAGGAACGUGGCGACUUCCCGCGCCACUUGA